UCCGCCCCCCCCCCCCCGCCCCCCCACCGUUCGCCGCUGCAGGCGGUCGGCCGCCGCGAUGAAGGCGAGCUCGGGGGACCAGGGGAGCCCCCCGUGCUUCCUGCGCUUCCCGCGGCCUGUGCGGGUGGUAAGUGGCGCCGAGGCCGAGCUCAAGUGCGUGGUCCUGGGGGAGCCGCCGCCUGUAGUGGUGUGGGAGAAGGGCGGGCAGCAGCUGGCGGCCUCGGAACGCCUGAGCUUCCCGGCGGACGGCGCGGAGCACGGCCUGCUGCUGAGCGCCGCACUGCCCACCGACGCGGGGGUCUACGUGUGCCGCGCCCGCAACGCGGCCGGCGAGGCCUACGCGGCGGCCGCCGUCACCGUGCUGGAGCCGCCGGCCUCCGACCCCGAGCUGCAGCCCGCCGAGCGCCCGCUGCCAUCGCCGGGGUCCGGGGAGGGCGCCCCGGUCUUCCUCACGGGGCCUCGAUCCCAGUGGGUGCUGCGGGGGGCGGAGGUGGUGCUGACGUGCCGGGCGGGGGGCCUCCCCGAGCCCACACUGUACUGGGAGAAGGACGGGAUGGCCCUGGACGAAGUGUGGGACAGCAGCCACUUCGCGCUCGAGCAGGGCCUCGAGGACGGCCCCGGCGCGAGCCUGGCACUGCGCAUCCUGGCGGCUCGGCUGCCGGAUUCCGGCGUCUACGUGUGCCACGCCCGCAACGCGCACGGCCACGCGCAGGCGGGGGCGCUGCUCCAGGUGCACCAGCCCCCCGAGAGCCCGCCCGCGGACCCCGACGAGGCCCCCGCGCCGGUGGUGGAGCCGCUCAAGUGCGCGCCUAAGACCUUCUGGGUGAACGAGGGCAAGCACGCCAAGUUCCGCUGCUACGUGAUGGGCAAGCCCGAGCCCGAGAUCGAAUGGCACUGGGAGGGCCGCCCGCUGCUCCCGGACCGCCGCCGCCUCAUGUACCGCGACCGCGACGGCGGCUUCGUGCUCAAGGUGCUCUACUGCCAGGCCAAGGACCGUGGGCUCUACGUCUGCGCCGCGCGCAACUCGGCGGGCCAGACGCUCAGUGCCGUGCAGCUGCACGUGAAAGAGCCCCGCCUCCGGUUCACACGGCCCCUGCAGGACGUGGAGGGCCGUGAGCACGGGAUUGCCGUGCUGGAGUGUAAAGUACCCAACUCCCGCAUCCCCACGGCCUGGUUCCGUGAGGACCAGCGGCUGCUGCCCUGCCGCAAGUACGAGCAGAUCGAAGAGGGCACUGUCCGGCGCCUCAUCAUCCACAGGCUGAAGGCAGACGAUGAUGGUAUCUACCUGUGCGAGAUGCGGGGCCGGGUGCGCACCGUGGCCAACGUCACAGUCAAAGGGCCCAUCCUGAAGCGCCUGCCCCGGAAGCUCGACGUCCUGGAAGGAGAGAAUGCUGUGCUGCUAGUGGAAACUCUAGAGGCUGGGGUCGAGGGACGCUGGAGCCGUGAUGGGGAGGAGCUGCCGGUCAUCUGCCAGAGCAGCUCAGGCCACAUGCAUGCCCUGGUCCUUCCAGGGGUCACCCGAGAGGAUGCUGGCGAGGUCACCUUUAGCCUGGGCAACUCCCGUACCACUACGCUUCUCAGAGUAAAAUGUGUCAAGCACAGUCCCCCAGGACCCCCCAUAUCGGCAGAGAUGUUCAAGGGCCACAAGAACACGGUCCUGUUGACCUGGAAGCCUCCCGAGCCAGCUCCCGAGACCCCAUUCAUCUACCGGCUGGAGCGGCAGGAAGUGGGCUCUGAAGACUGGAUUCAGUGCUUCAGCAUCGAGAAAGCCGGAGCCGUGGAGGUGCCGGGUGACUGUGUGCCCUCCGAGGGUGACUACCGCUUCCGCAUCUGCACAGUCAGCGGACAUGGCCGUAGUCCCCACGUGGUGUUCCACGGUUCUGCUCACCUUGUGCCCACAGCUCGCCUGGUGGCAGGUCUGGAGGAUGUGCAGGUAUACGACGGGGAAGAUGCCGUCUUCUCCCUCGAUCUCUCCACCAUCAUCCAGGGUACCUGGUUCCUUAAUGGGGAAGAGCUCAAGAGUAACGAGCCGGAGGGCCAGGUGGAACCUGGGGCCCUGCGGUACUGUAUGGAGCAGAAGGGUCUGCAGCACAGACUCAUCCUGCAUGCCGUCAAGCACCAGGACAGCGGUGCCCUGGUCGGCUUCAGCUGCCCUGGUGUGCAGGACUCAGCUGCCCUCACAAUCCAAGAGAGCCCGGUGCACAUCCUGAGCCCCCAGGACAAGGUGUCAUUGACCUUCACAACCUCAGAGCGGGUGGUGCUGACUUGUGAGCUCUCAAGGGUGGACUUCCCGGCAACCUGGUACAAGGAUGGGCAGAAGGUGGAGGACAGCGAGUUGCUGGUGGUGAAGAUGGAUGGGCGCAAACACCGUCUGAUCCUGCCUGAGGCCAAAGUCCAGGACAGUGGCGAGUUUGAGUGCAGGACAGAAGGGGUCUCGGCCUUCUUCGGCGUCACUGUCCAAGAUCCUCCCGUGCACAUCGUGGACCCCCGAGAACAUGUGUUCGUGCAUGCCAUAACUUCCGAGUGUGUCAUGCUGGCCUGUGAGGUGGACCGAGAGGACGCCCCUGUGCGUUGGUACAAGGACGGGCAGGAGGUGGAGGAGAGUGACUUCGUGGUGCUGGAGAAUGAGGGGCCCCAUCGCCGCCUGGUGCUGCCCGCCACCCAGCCCUCAGACGGGGGCGAGUUUCAGUGCGUCGCUGGAGAUGAGCGUGCCUACUUCACUGUCACCAUCACAGACGUCUCCUCGUGGAUCGUGUAUCCCAGCGGCAAGGUGUAUGUGGCAGCCGUGCGCCUGGAGCGUGUGGUGCUGACCUGUGAGCUAUGCCGGCCCUGGGCAGAGGUACGCUGGACCAAGGAUGGAGAGGAGGUGGUGGAGAGCCCCGCGCUGCUCCUGCAGAAGGAAGACACUGUCCGCCGCCUGGUGCUGCCCGCUGUCCAGCUCGAGGACUCCGGCGAGUACUUGUGUGAAAUUGACGAUGAGUCGGCCUCCUUCACUGUCACCGUCACAGAACCCCCAGUGCGGAUCAUAUACCCUCGCGAUGAGGUGACCUUGAUCGCCGUGACCUUGGAGUGUGUGGUGCUGAUGUGUGAACUGUCUCGGGAGGAUGCCCCUGUGCGCUGGUACAAGGAUGGGCUGGAAGUGGAGGAGAGCGAGGCCCUGGUGCUGGAGAGGGAUGGGCCACGCUGCCGCCUGGUGCUACCUGCUGCUCAGCCCGAGGACGGGGGCGAGUUUGUAUGCGAUGCUGGAGAUGACUCGGCCUUCUUCACUGUCACUGUCACAGCCCCACCAGAGAGGAUUGUGCACCCGGCAGCCCGCUCCCUGGAUCUGCAUUUUGGGGCUCCAGGGCGCGUGGAGCUGCGCUGUGAGGUGGCCCCAGCUGGGUCUCAGGUGCGCUGGUACAAGGACGGGCUGGAAGUGGAGGCAUCAGAUGCCCUGCAGCUGGGUGCCGAGGGGCCCACCCGCACCCUGACCCUGCCCCAUGCCCAGCCUGAGGACGCCGGGGAGUACGUGUGUGAGACCCGGGAUGAGGCCAUCACCUUCAAUGUCAUCCUGGCUGAGCCCCCAGUGCAGUUCCUUGCUCCAGAGACAACUCCAAGCCCGCUCUGUGUGGCCCCCGGGGAGCCAGUGGUGCUGAGCUGUGAACUGUCCCGGGCUGGUGCCCCCGUGGUCUGGAGCCACAAUGGGAGGCCCGUGCAGGAGGGCGAGGGCCUAGAGCUCCAUGCCGAGGGCCCCCGCCGAGUCCUCUGCAUCCAGGCUGCAGGCCCAGCCCAUGCAGGGCUCUACACCUGCCAGUCUGGAGCAGCCCCUGGAGCCCCGAGCCUCAGCUUCACCGUCCAGGUGGCUGAGCCUCCUGUGCGGGUGGUAGCUCCCGAGGCAGCCCAGACGAGGGUUCGGAGCACUCCAGGCGGGGACCUAGAGCUGGUGGUGCACCUCUCCGGGCCAGGGGGCCCUGUACGCUGGUACAAGGACGGGGAGCGACUGGCAAGCCAGGGGCGGGUGCAGCUGGAGCAGGCCGGGGCCAGGCAGGUGCUGCGGGUGCAGGGGGCACGGAGCAGGGACGCUGGGGAGUACCUGUGCGACGCGCCCCAGGACAGCCGCAUCUUCCUUGUCAGCGUGGAAGAGCCACUGCCGGUGAAGCUGGUCUCGGAGCUGACACCACUCACUGUCCACGAGGGCGAUGAUGCCACGUUCCGGUGUGAAGUCUCCCCACCAGAUGCCGACGUCACCUGGCUGCGCAAUGGGGCGGUCGUCACUCCAGGGCCCCAGGCGGAGAUGGCCCAGAAUGGUUCAAGCCGCAUCUUAACCUUGCGAGGCUGCCAACUGGGGGAUGCGGGGACCGUGACUGUGCGGGCAGGGAUCACGGCCACAAGUGCCCGGCUCCAUGUUCGAGAGACAGAGCUGCUGUUCCUACGGCGGUUGCAGGAUGUGCGGGCAGAGGAAGGCCAGGACGUGUGUCUCGAAGUGGAGACAGGCCGAGUGGGUACAGCGGGGGCCGUGCGCUGGGUGCGAGGUGGGCAGCCCCUGCCCCACGACUCUCGCCUGUCCAUGGCCCAGGAUGGGCACAUCCACCGCCUCUUCAUCCAUGGUGUCAUACUGGCCGACCAGGGCACCUACGGCUGCGAGAGCCACCACGAUCGCACCCUGGCCAGGCUCAGCGUGAGGCCGAGGCAGCUGAGGGUGCUGCGGCCUCUGGAGGACGUGACCAUCAGUGAGGGGGGCAGUGCCACCUUCCAGCUGGAGCUGUCCCAGGAAGGUGUGACCGGGGAGUGGGCCCGGGGUGGAGUACGGCUGUAUCCAGGACCCAAGUGUCACAUCCACUCGGACGGCCACCGUCACCGACUGGUACUCAAUAGCCUGGGCCUGGCCGACUCAGGCUGUGUCUCCUUCACGGCGGAUUCCCUGCGCUGCGCAGCCAGACUCAUUGUGAGAGAGGUCCCAGUGACCAUCGUGCGGGGGCCACACGACCUAGAGGUGACCGAGGGCGACACAGCUACGUUCGAGUGCGAGCUUUCCCAAGCUUUGGCUGAUGUUACCUGGGAGAAGGACGGGAGCGCGCUCACGCCUAGCCCGCGGCUCUGGCUCCAGGCCCUCGGCACGCGCCGCCUUCUCCAGCUGCGACGCUGCGGCCCCUCGGACGCCGGGACCUACAGCUGCGCGGUGGGGACGGCCCGCGCCAGACCGGUCCGCCUGACCGUGCGCGAGCGUACUGUGGCGGUACUCUCCGAGCUGCGGUCGGUGAGCGCCCGCGAAGGCGACGGCGCUACGUUCGAGUGCACCGUGUCGGAGGUCGAGAUCACGGGGCGCUGGGAGCUCGGAGGCCGCCCGCUGAGACCCGGAGCCCGCGUCCGCAUCCGACAGGAAGGGAAGAAACACAUUCUGGUGCUUAGCGAGCUGCGCGCCGAGGACGCCGGUGAAGUCCGCUUCCAGGCGGGGCCCGCCCAGUCCCUGGCUCUACUGGAAGUGGAGGCAUUGCCUCUCCAGAUGUGCCGCCACCCCCCUCGCGAGAAGACCGUUCUGGUGGGCCGCCGGGCGGUGCUGGAGGUGACUGUGUCCCGCUCGGGGGGCCACGUGUGCUGGCUGCGGGAGGGGGCCGAGCUGUGCCCGGGAGAUAAGUAUGAGAUGCGCAGCCACGGCCCCACCCACAGCCUGGUCAUCCAUGACGUUCGACCUGAGGACCAAGGCACUUACUGCUGCCAGGCCGGCCAGGACAGCACCCACACACGGCUGCUGGUAGAGGCUGGACCCACCAAGCCCCUGGUGCAUGGGCUCCGAUGCAUGGACAAACAGGCCUUCUAGAUAGUAACCAGCCCGUGGGGAAAGCCCAGUCCUGUUUGGAAAGAGUUUCCACACUUCCUUCUCAUCUGGCUGGAUGGGCUCAGGGAGCUCACCGGGGAGAGGACGUCUCCAUUGAAGCGUUUGAUGGGCACUGGCCUGCGCCGAUAAGCAGGGUCUGGUGGCCCAGGCCUGGGAGGAGCCCGGGGACCUCUGGGGGGAGCCCGAGGAGGUCUCUUUUUCCGCCUUUUCUCCUUGCGAUCUUCCUGCUGCCGAAUCCGCAUCAGUUGCACGCGUCGGCGCUGCCGGCUGAUGACCACUGUGGUGGGAUGGGUAGAGAAGGAGCUCAGAGGACGGUGCGCCUUGUUUCCCUUGAGCCCUUCCUCUCUCAUCCCACCUGUGGCUCUAGGCUUCCAGAUUCCUCUUGUCCAUAACCCCUUACUCCCACCCUGUCACUUCCUUUCCUGGUCUCCUACCUCUCAGAGGGGACUUCCCGCUGUUGUUCUUUUCUCCCAUAGGUCUUUAUGGAAGAUUCCUAGGCUUCCAGGUACCCCCUUCCAGGCUGUCAUCCCUCUCCCAAUCACCUAGGCCAGCCAUCAUCAUCUUUCCACUGGACAAUCACAGCUGCUUCUUCACUGGUUUCCCCCUACACUUGCUCCCUCCAAUGCUUUCUACACUCGGCAGCAGAAUGAGCAUCCCAAAAGCUAAAUUAGAUUCUAUCCUCCCCUACUUUAAACCCUCCAGUGGUUUAAAGUCUCAUUGCCCUUCUAAUAAAAUGUGGAGUGCUUCUUACGACCCAGAGGGUCCACGCAAUCACUCUGGCUCCCACACCUCACCUCCCAUACUCCUGCCCCACUUCCUCAAGCAAGCUGAGCUCAUUCCUUCUCAGGGCCCUCGCCCUUGCUGUUCUCUCUUCUCUAGCUCUUUGCAUGGCUGGCCCCUUAGCCUUCAAGUGCCUGCUUACGUAUCACCUCCUUCAAGCAGCCUUCCCUGACCACCCUAACUCUAAUAGCUUCCAUAGGUCACUCUUUCACAUUAUCCUGCACAAUGUCUCUGUCAUAUCACUCUACACAACUGGAAUCAUGUUGUUUGUUUGCAUCUCUGUUA